AUGUUUCAGUCUCAAGUAAUCAACGACGACAUGUGGGACCCAUCCACCUUGGAUAUGACUAGUGCGCGAUGGAGGACAGAGUUCGCAAAGCCUCCUUGCACAGUACCUUUUUGCAUAGAGUUCUACGGGUCGCAUAACAGUAAAGCCAUCGUGACCGAGAUUUCGACUCCGUCUUUGCGAUUUCGCCUCCGACUCCUCCAUUUCGCCUCCAUCUCCGUCUUUGCGAUUUCUCGAUUCCAAUCCCUCUUAGAUUGGUCAAAAAUGGAUGUGAGCUCUUCUUCGUCUAAUGAUUUAUCUUUUAUUCCUCAAGUAAGGGCCGAAAAAGUCCCCAAAAUUGGGCAAGAAUUUGAAUCAUUGGAAGAAGCCCAAAAAUUUUACAAUGAAUAUGCAAGGGAAGCUGGAUUUAGUAUUCGAAUGUCGACUACUAAUAGAAACAAAAGUAAUGAAAUCAUCAGGAAGGAAUUCGUUUGUUAUAAAGAGGGGACUAGAGAAAAAGGGGAAUUCAAAUCCGAUGGUAGGAGAAGACGUGGGACAACUAGAGAAGGAUGCAAGGGUAAGAUGGUUGUUGUAAGGUCAACUUCUAAACUGAGUUUCAUUGUAUCAAUGUUUUGUGAGGCCCAUAAUCAUGUCCUUACAACACCUAGAAAGGUGCAUUUGCUUAGGUCUCACCGUACUAUGUCAACUGCUAAAAAGGCUUUGACACAACAACUUUCUGCAGCGAAUGUGCCAAUUCAUCAACAGAUUAGUAUUUUGGAGUUAGAAGCAGGAAGUCUAGAAAAUAUUGGGUGUACCGAGAAGGAUUUUUACAAUGCUCGAAGGGAUGAGGUGAAACUGUUUGCUGGACAUGAUGCUCAAAUGCUAUAUGAGUAUUUUGAAGCAGAAAAGGAAAAAAAUACGGAAUUCUAUUUUUCAGUCGAUGUGGAUGUUGAAAACAAGAUAACACAUUGUUUUUGGGCAGAUGCAGCAUGUAGAAAGGCAUACCAAACUUUUGGGGAUGUAGUAGUAUUUGAUACUACUUAUAAUACAAAUCGUUAUGGUAUGAUUUUUGCACCCUUUGUUGGUGUUAAUCAUCAUGGUCAAACUACUUUAUUUGCAUGUGCAUUCUUAAGUGAUGAAACAUCAGAGUCAUUCCGAUGGCUUUUGCAGCAGUUGUUGAAAGCAAUGCCAACAGGUCCACCUAAAUGA